CGAAAAAAUAACAAGGAUGACGCGUCAAAAAUCAAAAAUUCUAAUAUUCGACGUGAUCGUCGAAAAACGGAUCAACCAUUCUCUCAUUUGCAUGAUGAUCGUCGUUCGGGUCAAGAUAGCAAAACAUCGUCAUCCGGAGGUAGUCGAUCACAUUCAAAUGGCAAGUUAUCAGCAAAAAGAUAUAAAGAUGUGACGAAGAGAUCGAAUAAAAGUUCUGCUGUCUGUCAUCGAUGCGGUUCAGAUAAAGUCUCGUCGUCAUUUAGUAAGGCGGAACCUCCUUUAUCCUCCCAUCGAUGUGAUAAUAUUUCAGUCAAAUAUCUGCCGCGGGAAGGUAAUCGAGUCUCUUCAACCGUUAAUAGUCCAGAACGUCCAUACAACCCUUUUUCAUCACAGAAGUCUAUUUGUGACUCUCCUGCAUUAGUGAACAAAACCUCAGUUAGUCGAACAUGCCUUAAUGACGAAGAUUCUUUUUCGACAAAGGAUCAAAUUAUCGAAUCACCAUAUUUUGCAUAUGACAAGAAGCACAAUUGUUUAUUUGACGAUUUACCCCAGGAUAGUGACGACCGAACUAUUUCAUCGUCGGGCCAUCUUGAUUCAUGCGGUUCAAAAUCUAAUCCAAAUUUGCAUUCUCGGAUUUCUGGCACCUACGAAUUGUUCUCCAAAUAUUGGCCCCCUAAAGAAUUGCACGGCCUCAGAGAGUCAGGACAUGAUAAUAUUCAAGAUAAUAGGAACGGUGACAUAAAUGGAAAUAAUUUCUUGAUCGAUGAAGGUCGUCAAGAUAAAAAUGAAUGUGCUGAAGAGACAAACAGAUAUUUAAAUCGUGGAGAGAAGAAUUCAGAAAUUCAAUUGGAUAAUUGCGAAUCUUCAACCAUGAAAAAGUAUGGAGAUCCUGCAUCGGAUAAAUCCCUUAAUAAUCCUGUUCUAACUUUUGAGAAAUCGUGGAACGAUAAACAUGCUGUAAGGGAGGUAAAUAUCAUGAAGCCUGAUUAUAUUGUGUCUUCACCAUAUUCAAUAUCAGAAGGUUAUGACGUCGAGAAAUCCGUUACUAUUGACUGGAGUGAAAUAGAUGGAGAUGAUGCUGGAGGAAAUGAUGGAGAGUCUCUUGUAGAUCUUUUUGGUCGGAGUUCGCCUUUCAGUUUUACAGACGGAAGGUCCACUUUUGAUGUUAAUGAAGAUUUAGUGUCCACAUUUGUUUGGCGAAGACACAGAUUGCAUUGA